AUGGCGGCGAUACCAUCAUGGGUUCCGGUGCGAUGUCUUUCAGGAGAUCUUGGAGACUGCAAGAGGCAGCCAGGAAAGCAGGGCCGGGAGACAAAGACCACUUCCGUGACGUCGGCCACGACAAGUGUCGGGCUGGGCCUGAACCUCAAUUUCGACUACGACGUGGGGAACCGGAAUCGGGAACCGGGAGUGUCUUUCUCACAAGCCAGUCGGUUCUUCUGGGACCAGUUGCGUAUUCCUCAGGGAGAGUACGGAGUGCGUCUCGGUACUGGCAAGCGCCACAUGGAGAGGCCGAGGACGUGUGUGCAUGGCGACGCGACACGAGCCCACAGCAGGGCGCAGUCGACACUGUUGCCAGAGCCGGGUUGA